UCGUUUCUCUCUCUUCGCCGUUCAUUUUCCACAAACAUCUCUCUCUAGAAUAGCUUCCUCACCACUGUUUCCUUCUACCCUUCUACUUGAUCCAUUCAAGAUAAAGUUGUCAUUUAGUUAUCCUCUAAAGCUGUGUUUUGCUCUGCAAGGGAGUUCUGAAGAAUGAUAAGAUUUCACAUUUAAACCCAACAAACAGAUGGAUAAGAAACAGCAUAUUGCAAUUUUUACUACUGCUAGCCUUCCAUGGUUGACAGGAACAGCCGUGAACCCUCUGUUUCGUGCUGUAUACCUUUCCAAAGGUGGGGAAAGAGAUGUCACCUUGGUGAUCCCUUGGUUAACUUUGAAAGAUCAAGGACUAGUAUAUCCCAACAAUAUUACAUUUGCUUCACCCGCAGAGCAUGAGAAAUAUAUCCGCCAAUGGCUCGAGGAGAGAGUUGGAUUUACAUCUGAUUUCAGCAUACGGUUUUAUCCAGGAAAGUUUUCUAGAGAUAAAAGGAGCAUUCUUGCUGUUGGAGAUAUUUCUGAAAUUAUCCCUGAUGAAGAGGCAGAUAUUGCUGUUCUAGAGGAGCCCGAGCACUUGACAUGGUAUCACCAUGGGAAAAGAUGGAAGACUAAAUUCAGGCUAGUUGUUGGAAUUAUUCACACAAAUUAUUUGGAAUAUGUGAAGAGAGAGAAGAAUGGAAAUAUGCAAGCAUUUUUGCUGAAAUAUUUAAACAAUUGGGUUGUUGGCAUCUAUUGUCACAAGGUAAUUAGACUAUCUGCUGCGACCCAGGACUACUCUGGGUCCAUAAUCUGUAAUGUUCAUGGAGUUAAUCCAAAAUUCCUUGAGAUUGGCAAGAAAAAGAGGGAGCAACAACAGAAUGGAGAUCAGGCCUUUACCAAAGGUGCCUACUUUAUUGGGAAGAUGAUAUGGAACAAAGGCUACAAGGAGCUGCUCAAACUUCUUAGUGAUCAUCAAAAGGAAUUAGCUGGGCUUGAGGUUGAUUUAUUUGGCAGUGGAGAGGACUCAGAUGAAGUUCAAAAAGCGGCGAAAAAGUUGGAAUUGGCAGUUAGAGUUCACCCAGCUCGUGAUCAUGCUGAUGCUCUAUUUCAUGAUUUCAAAUUGUUUCUGAAUCCGAGCACAACAGAUGUGGUUUGCACAACAACAGCAGAAGCUUUAGCAAUGGGAAAAAUUGUUGUGUGCGCCAACCAUUCCUCAAAUGACUUUUUCAAGCAGUUCCCAAAUUGUUGGACAUAUGAUGACAGUAAAGGAUUUGUUAAACUAACACUUAAGGCACUGUCUGAACAGCCUGCCCAGCCUACUGACGCUCAGAGACAUGACCUUUCUUGGGAGGCCGCCACGGAACGGUUCCUUAAGGCCACUGACCUGGACAAGCCAUUUGAGAGAAAAUUGUCAAGAAGUUCUUCAAACUAUAUGUCUACCUCAUUGAAUUUGCAACAGACAGUAGAAGAUGCAUCAGCAUUAGUACAUCAUGUAGCUUCUGGGUUUGAAAUAUCAAGAAGACUAUUUGGUGCUAUACCAGGUAGCUUGCAACCAGAUGAACAGCUACGCAAGGAGCUUGGGUUGAAAAAAUGAUAUUAACAGUUGUAGAAAUUCCUGUUUACUUUGUUCCUAAAAGUUCAAAGUGGUAAUGCUAAAUGGUCUCUUUCUAAUCACAUAGGAAAAGGUUUGGUGCUUGGAAUAGAUAUGUAAAGAAGGCAACUUUGCAUAGCAUCAAGCUUGUAAAUGUUAGAGAACAUGACUAUUCCUCUAUGGGAUGACUGUUAUAUUUCAUAUUGUUUGUUCUAAUAAGUUCAACCCCUAUAUUUGUGAGGUUUGGCACCCUUUGAGGAUUAAGCUUGUUAAACUUAUAAUU